CUGCCAGGCCGGGCCACAGCAGGGGCCAGAACAAGGCUCCCUCCUCCCAAUCCGGAGGUCAUGCGAGGGCUGCGCAAGUCCACAACAAAGGCCACAGGAACACUGACGCGGCACCGCGACUGGAGAGGAGGCGUCAGACUCAGCCACCGUCCCGCCCCGCCCCUUCCGCUCCUCAGGGGCAAGGCGGCCCGCGGCCCGCCCGGAGAUUGGACGCUGGGGACGGGUGGCUACUGCGAUUGGUCGGGGGCUGACUGACGUCAGGGCGCGGGGCCUCCGCCGUGAAAGGGGGCGACAUGCUGCCAGUCGGCUGCCUGCGAGCUGCGCUGCGGUUGAGUCGCGCCAUGAGCGUGCUCAGUUUGGAACCCCGGCCCGCGGGGAAGCGGUGGCUGGUGGUCGGCCUGGGGAACCCCGGACUGCCCGGCACGCGGCACAGCGUGGGCAUGGCGGUGCUGGGGCACCUGGCGCGGCGUCUGGGUGUGGAGGACACCUGGGCGCGCGACCGGCACUGCGCGGCCGACCUCGCCGUGGGCUUGCUCGAGGAUGCCCAGGUGGUCCUGCUUCGGUCCCGGCGGCUCAUGAACGCCAGCGGGCGCAGCGUGUCCCGGGCCGCGGAGCUGUUUGGGCUGGCUGCCGAGGAGGUCUACCUGGUGCAUGAUGAGCUGGACAAGCCCCUGGGGAAACUGGCUCUGAAGCUGGGGGGAAGCUCCAGGGGCCACAAAGGAGUCCGUUCCUGCAUUAGCUGCCUCAACUCCCGUGCAAUGCCGAGGCUGCGGAUAGGCAUCGGGCGCCCUACCCACCCCGACACGGUGCAGGCCCACGUUCUGGGCAGUUUCUCCGCCGCUGAGCAGGAACUGCUUCCUCUGUUGCUGGAGCGAGCCACCGACAUGCUCCUGGACCACAUCCGUGCGCGGAGCCAGCAGCCCCCUCUGGGCCCUGACCUCAGUGAGCUCCUGCCUCCCUGACCGCCAGGCUCGCACACUGGCCACGGUCACAGAGGUGCCAUGCCAACCUGUGGUAUCCACUUGUUUGCUUUGUUUUCUAUCCACUUUAUAUAGAACUCCGCUCUGGGCUGCUCCAGCCACCUAUAGAUUAAAGAGGGGACUGUGGCCACAAUGGUCCACUUCGGGGAUGGGGACUGGUCUUCUCUCUGUAUCUUACUUGGGAAGUAGAGAAACUUCAGGAAGACUAAACUUUUUGAACCUUUUCGGAGAACCAGAGGUACAGAUCUGCGAAAUUAAAGAUGUGGCGUGGAA